AUGCUAGCACUUUUCCGCCCCAAACGAGUGCUGGAAGACGACAGUGACGACGAAUUCGAGACCGUUGGAGAGGAGAUUGUCGGCCCUACAGGCCACGUCCUGCGAACGCAGAAGCCGCGUCUGCGACGAACCUCGAUGGCCCGGCUCAUCGGCGUAGAUCUCACAGAUCUCGAACUGCUCAACUUCUUUUACCACCACUCCAUAGUCGACAUUCUCUCGGCAAACGACGCACGAGACAAAAUUUGGAUCCAAACUACCCCCUCCAGAGUCGGAUGCAACCCCACCAUCAAAAAGGCAUGUUUGUUAUUGGCAGCCAUGGACCUGGCUCAAAGAAGAGCACCCGCCAAGUACCUCGUUGACGACGAGCCACACCCGACCAGCAAACCGCUGGAGUCCAAAAAGCUCAUAACUGGCUACGUUCCGCCCAGUGAAGAGUUCCAGGCGCGCUCUUUGGUCAUGUUCACGGCCCUGUUGAAGGGCUUUCACAAAAACCUGGAAAACAUGCAACUAGGCGACAUGUCCAACUAUGGAGACAUGAUGCUAAGUGGAACCCUACUCUACAUCACCGCUCUAGCAAUGGGGCCUCUAGUUCCCCUCAUCAACUACAUUCCUGGCCAGGGGGAUCUCAUUGGCCUGUCUAGAAGCAUCCGGGCAGUCCACGAAACUAUCACCGGACUCAGCUUGACCAACGAGGGAGAAAGUCCCUAUCCCAUUCUGGACAUCCCGGAACGGCAAUAUCUGCCUCGAGAACGGGACUUGUGGGAAACAAUAGAAAUGGCCGAAACCCGAGAAGAACGCCUGAUCAUGCACAAGGCCCUACACACUCUCAUUAAGUUCUACAACAUGGACAUUAAGGGAGGCUGCAUCACACACAUGACCUCGUGGCCCAUAUACUGGCCAUACUCUUUCCGAGAGCUGCAACAGGAGAGGAACCCCUUUGCCCUCAUCAUGCUCUGCUACUGGUGCGCAUAUGUGCAUUCUUUCCACGGCUUUUCGUGGUGGAGAGACCGGGCUGUCGAAGACCUGUACACAAUUGUGGAUGAGCUGCCACUGGAAUACCACUACCUGGUGGAAUGGCCUCUCCAGGUGGUUCAGUCUUUCGAUAUGGACGCCGAGGACUAUCUAACGGGGAGAAUACAAAUCCUCUCCUUUUAA